GACGUCAUGUCUAAUGAUGGCAAAUUUGAAGUUUCUUUGUAUAAUUAUCAGGAAUUCUUAAAAUCUUCAGGAUUUUCACAGGAAACUGUUGAUGAAGUUAGAGAUAAAAUAGCUAUACAUGAAAUUAUACCAAAGUACAUAACAAAUGGACAAAUUCUUUCAUACCUAAUACAUAGUAAAGGCAAUGCUGAUGACUGCGCACAUAUAAUUCUAACAUACUACAAGCAUAAGAAUGAGUUUAAAGAAUUCUUAAGGAAUCGAGAUCCAGAAUCGAAAGAGAUCACAAACUGUUUCAAUAAUAUGUGGUUUGCAACAUUUCCAGUGACUGCCUGCAACUGUAACAUUUUCUACAUGGCACUACAGAAUUUCGAUCCCAAAAAUUACAACUUUGAAUCAUCAAUUAAAGCAUUUGUAAUGGUCGCAGAGGCUUACUUGUACAGAAAUGGUCCAAGAACAGAUACAAUUUUGGUUUUUGACAUGAUGGGUGCUAAGUUCAGGCAUAGUCUCAAAGCUAGCAUGUCUUCUCGCAAGAAGGUAGUCAAUUUUCUAGAAAAUGCAACUCCACUGUACAUAAAGGCUGUUCAUUUCUUCAAUACUGCACCAUUUAUGGCUUAUAUUCAUGCACUCCUCAAACCAUUCUCAACAACAGGCUUGUUGCAUCGCGUCUACCUUCACAAUUCCAACAUAAAUUGGAAUGACUUUUACCACAAACACAUCCCAAAGUCGAAUCUGCCAAAAGACUACGGCGGUGACCUUCCAUCAAUAAAGGAAUUGCACGAAAGUGAGAGGAACAUUUUGAUAAAUUUGAAAGAAUAUUUUAAGCUUGAGGAGCAGCAAGUUAAUCAUGAACUUGACCAUAUUGCUGAGGAAUCGAAGACUGUUCAUCUUUAGAAAUUUACAUUUUUAUGUGGUUUUAUUUUAAACAAGUUUUUUUCCAUCAACACGUGCAAAUCUAAAUAAGGAAAUUGAUGUAAAGAUCAU